GAAUGCACCAUGACGCAUCGACGUGUAGUUUUAAUCAUCGAUUUCGCUGUAAAAUCAUACCUACUGUGCGCACAACCAGACAUUUCUUUUCUGUCAAACGCUGGAAAUCUGCCCUCACCUGCUUCUGCGACCGCCGGACGACACAGCUGGACUCUGAGUUUCUGCAGGAAGUCGAGCGGAGAGAGAGCAAGCAUGGACCUGAGCGACAUGAGGAAGAAGUACAAAGGAGAUAAGGAGUGUUUCGAGGAGAGUCAACUUGUGUCCCUGGACCCCAUCAAGCAGUUUGGAAACUGGUUUGAUGAAGCCACAAAGUGUCCCGAGGUCGGAGAGGCCAACGCCAUGUGCAUCGCCACCGCCACCAAGGAGGGACGUCCGUCUGCCCGGAUGGUUCUCCUGAAAGGUUACAGCAACGAAGGGUUCCGCUUCUUCACAAACUACGAGAGCAGAAAAGGUUCGGAGCUGGAGACGAAUCCUCACGCCUGCCUGGUUUUCUACUGGGAGCCUCUGAACAGACAGAUCCGUAUUGAGGGCAGCGUGGAGCGGAUCCCCUACCAGAGCUCCUGUGAUUACUUCCACUCCAGACCAAAGAGCAGCCAGAUCGGAGCCGUCGUGAGCCGACAGAGCACCCCGGUUCCCAACAGAGACUAUCUGAGGCAGAAAAACUCAGAGCUGGAGGAGAAGUACAAGGACACAGAGGUGCCGAUGCCCGACUACUGGGGCGGCUACAUCGUGAAGCCUUCUCUGAUCGAGUUCUGGCAGGGUCAGACCAACAGACUCCACGACCGCAUCGUCUUCACCAAACUGAAGGACGGAGAGUCGGAGCUGGGAGAGUUUCAGCACCCAGCAGAGGGGGGCUGGGUUUACCAGCGGCUGUCUCCAUGAACACCACCUCAACAGACUGUCACAGGAAGGGAAAAAAAAGGACUGAACUUCAUCUAGAAUAUGAAAAAAAAAACUUGAAAUUACUGCUAUUCAUUGUUUGUUAACUAGGCGCUGCUGUUUAGGAUUUAUCUGUCGUUAAACCGUGUGUGUGUGUGUGUGUGUGUGUGUGUGUGUGUGUGUGUGUGUGUGUGUGUGUGUGUGUGUGUGUGUGUGUGUGUGUGUGUGUGUGUGUGUGUGUGUGUGUGUGUGUGUGUGUGUGUCGGUGGAAACUGACCGAACUGUGCAGCUUUUUCAUAAAACUUAAGUUCACUGACCAACACAGCAGAACAAACUCCAGCUGUUCUGUUUCAUACUGACUGACAGCUGGUUGUUUUAACGUGUUGUCAUUGACCUCUGGGACAUAAAAACUGUGUCUUAUUUCUUCAAUAGCACAACCUGCACCACUUUUUCAGCACAGGGUUGCUGUUUUUCUCUCCAGACGCGACUUAAUGCAGCUUAUUUUCAGUAUUUUGUGGGUUCCACUGAGCUUUACUACAACUACAACACGUUUUGUCCUAAUUAUGCAGAAAAUGAAGGCAGUUGUUUGAGUUUCUUUAUUUCCAGGAAGAAAGAAGAGCUCGGUUUAAACAAAAGCAACUCAUGUGCUGCACCUCAGCAGUUAAACGCAAUUUAAUAUGAUGCCAGAGGGUUUAUUAUCAUGAAAUGUUUGUUUUUUGUUGCCACAGUCACAGAGAUUUAAAGUCAAUAAUGUGUUUAAAUAACACAGAGGACUCAGUAAAUGGUGGUUAUGUAAUCCACCACUGUUAAUAUAACCUGAGGUGUGCAAAUAGACGGAAAAAAAGAGAAAUAUGUGCCAAUAUUAUGUCUAUCUUUGGCUGUAAGGGAACUUACAGGCUUCCAAGAAGUACUGAUAAUAAAAGAUAAUAUGAGUAAAGAUAAUAAAAGUAGACUAAAUGGCAUCAAACUGUUCAGGUGCACCUAUUAAAUCCUUCAUUCUUCACUCUGGGGAACUAUAUUUUCCAUUUCUGUUAAAUUGUAUUCAAACGUUUGCAUGUUCUCGUCUAAAUGUGCAAAUAAUUUGAAUUAAUUUACUUUAAACAGCUGAACACUGCCUCCGUUUAUCUGUUAAUUACUACUAAAUGUUAUAAUCUCCAAAAAUCUUCUACAGAAAUGGGAAAAUAAAGGAAAACACUUCAUAUUGCACUGACAGUUAACCGUAGUGGUCUUAAAUCUAACUGCCUUUUAACACUGAGAUUAAAAGAGCUGGUGAUAAUCGUCCCAACUGGUGUACUAUCUGAGUGUGAUUGUGGUUAAUUUCUGUUUUGAAUUAACUGAGAAAGAGCCUGUAAUAAAGAUUAAUUUGUAUCUGA